AAUAACAUCAUCAGUACUCGUAGAUUUGCGACUACCCCUCGUGGGGAAGAAUUUUUGUAACAAAAUUACAUAAAUUGCUAGACGUGUAAUCUCGACUUGUUUCUUAAAUUACAUUAAUAAAAAUAUUAAAUUUGCAAUUGCUUUAAAUAUUGAUAAUGGGUAAUACAAUCACAAGCGUCCGUAUGGAGGCAGCACCACAAAUGCCUAAAGAUCAUAUUCACAUGGCUGCCACGGGUGCUGCACCACCUCCAGAGUGUCCAAUGCACCAGAAAGGAGGUGCUGCUCCAAAGAGUACACAACAGCGACAACAAGAAAAAAUUACAACUACUGCCACUCCACCAGCAUCCGAGUGUCCGGUUCAGCAUGGUCAAAGUGACAUUAAUCCACUCAAUAUGAUGCCACCUGCCAAUCAACAACCAGCACCGGAUCAACCCUUUUCUCUGUCCACAGACCGUCAAACAUCGAGCAUACCAAAAGUGACAGAAGAUGGUAGUCAGCAGUUCUGGCAAUAUCCAAGUCAGCAAAUGUUUUGGAACGCAAUGUUAAGGAAAGGUUGGCGUUGGAAGAAUGACGAUAUUUCACAGAAAGAUAUGGGCGAUAUUAUUUUCAUUCAUAAUGCCAACAAUGAACAAGCCUGGAAAGAGGUACUUAAGUGGGAAGCAUUGCAUGCUAGGGAGUGUGGAAAUCCACGUUUAAAGAGUUUUGGUGGUAAAGCUGCCGAUUAUAGUCCACGUGCACGCAUACGCAGCUGGCUGGGCUAUGAAUUGCCGUUCGAUCGUCAUGACUGGAUUGUUGAUCGUUGUGGCAAAGAUGUUCGUUACGUUAUUGAUUACUACGAUGGCGGCGUGGUGGACAAGGAUUAUAAAUUUGCAAUACUCGACGUUCGUCCUGCAAUGGACUCGGUCGGAAAUGUUUGGGAUCGAAUGAGAGUCGCUUAUAUGCGUUGGAAGUUUGCAGCAUUGGACUCCAUUGCAGGCAAUCGAACAGAAACUGGCAGCGGCAAAGUUGACCAAUAAACUGAAUUGACAUGUUCUCAUAGCUCGUUUUUGAAUGCAGGCGAUAGUUUAAUUUAUUUCAAAACUACUGGACUACACUUACUAAUUAUGUAUAUAUUUAACUGAUAGGAUAUUCA